UUAUAUUUUAUGUCAGAAAUAGAGGAAAUUAAUUUAGAGUAGCAUAAUACAAAGAAUAGAUAAUCAAGAUAGCAAGCUUAAUUAGGAAAAACACGAAAACCUAUUCGAAGAUUCAAGAGAUAAAAUAAUUCUUUCUAAUUCAGAAAUAGAAAUAGAGAUAGAGAAAGAGAUCGACCAAGAUAAAAAGAAUGGAAAUAACAAUAACAAUACAGCGCAAAUAAUCCAGAAUUAUAUGAAAUAGAUAUCUAUAACUUUUUAGCAAAGAAUUAGAUCUCAGAUCUUAUUGUAAUAAAUUAGUUAAUUUAGAAUGAUAUUAAGACUAGAUGUGGUGAAUUGGUAAAACUUCAUAUUAUUGCAAAUAACAUUUAAGAAAAUGAGGCUGAGACUAGAGUAUAAUUUUAUAAUAUAAACAGAUUAUUCUAAAAGCAUUUUUCAAGGAUUAAAAGUCAGCUGAUGAAUGUUAUUUUUAAUAUGGUGAUGCAACUCUAGAUAAAUUACAAUUAAGAACAGAGCGAAAAUAUUGAUGUAAAAUUAAUAUAUAUAUAAAUAAGAGAU